UGAUCAAGCAAUGAAUAGGUUUGUUGAGCAUCAGAUACUCACCACCUUUAAAGAGUUUCGGACCGACUGUCACAGACACUUCAAAAAGUACAGUGACCCCGAGGAGGCUCGUGCCAACCCACCAAACAUAUUGGUUGGACGUCAUGAGAAUUGGCACUUCCUUUGCGACCACUACAUAAGCCGUACAUUCCAGGAGCAAUCACCGACGAACAAGGCUGCUAGACAGAAGCAGUCUUACAACCAUAGCAGCGGGCAAAGUCGUUUCUACAACGACAACACGAGCUCAAUGAGAAGAAAGGGGAGUCGGUCGACCGUGUGGAGUUGUUUCGAGAAACACACGUUCGAGCCGAGACGUUCGUGUUGCAAGCCACAGAGGAUGUGCAUAAUCAAAUGCUAGAACUCUAAUCCUAGCCUACCCAGAGGGUAGUCAGCCACUCUUUGGGGAUGAGAUAUGCGAUGAGGUGUUGGGUAGACAACUAGGCUAUUCAAAAGGCCUUGGUUGGGGACCUAAGUCGAAGGCCCGCAAGACAAUGAGUGGAAGCAGUUCCACGACAUCUUGUCUGUCGUCCACACAAAAAGAAAUUGAAUUACAAUCUAAACUUAAUGAAGCUUUGGAACAGAUUGAAGUGCAAGAUAGAAAUCACACAGCGUUAGCUUCACAAGUGGAACAAAUGGAAAAGCUGAUUAAAGACUUGACUCGGGCACAACAAGGACCACCACAUGAUCCCUAGCUUUACGAUACGUAUAUAUGUCUCCAUUAUUCUUAAGUUUU